AUGGAUGAUGUGGACGAUGUCCUAAAGACUGUCAACUUCUUUAGGGAGAUGAAAGCUAUAAACAGGGAAUUCUUAUGUGACAUGCAACUUGAUGAGUCCGAUAGAGUUAAGAACAUAUUCUGGGCGAACGCAAGCUGCCGAGGGGCAUAUCAGGACUUCGGUGACUGCGUAACGUUUUACACCACAUAUAAGACCAACAAGUACCAUAUGCCACUUGGGGUGUUUGUGGGUACUAACAACCACUUUCAGACUACAUUCUUUGCUUUCGCCCUGAUAAGAGAUGAGGAUGCAGAUUCAUUCAGAUGGUUGUUCAAGACAUUUUUAAGGUGCAUGAGAGGGAAGGCUCCUACAUGCAUCCUCAUAGACCAGUGCCCAGCAAUGGCUUCGGCGAUCCCAUAUGCUUUCAAGAACACAGUACACAAGCUGUGCCACAUGCACAUUAUGAAGAAGUACAGGGAACACCUCGCAUACCUGUACAACCUGCACGAAGACUUUAAGGAUGAAUUCACAUCAAUCCUCAACUGGUCCCUCAUGCCAACUGAGUUUGAGGCUGCCUGGAAAAGACUCAUGGAUAAGUACAACCUCCAUGAUGAUGCCACGAUGGUGGCCAUGUGGAACGAGCGUGAGAGAUGGAUAUCAUCCUACUACAAAGAAAUUUUCUGCGCCAAAAUGACAUUCACACAAUGA